AAAUAACACAAACCUGCCAGUUCGCCGACUCCAACUCCAUUUUGCUUUGCCAUGUGAGCUCGAGCCAAUGGCUGCUGCAGGAGACAUCCCCUGCACACGUCAUGCCCCGGCGCUGCAUCUUGGUAGCAAAUGCAGAAACGGAUCUCCACACAGCUAGGCGUCUACGGCAGUCUAACGUGUCCACCGCCCCAAAUAUCUGACGGGUGACACUCUUUCCUAGCGCUGCAGAGUCCUAGAAUUUUCGGAGAGCGGCCCUAGAAAGACGGCGGACCGAUCAUGACGUUGCGCAUUUGAACCAUCGCUCUCCGCCUCUCUUCUCUUUGUACCACAUACACCUCGACGAUGUUGCUUUUGUGUAUGCACACACGAAACUUACCUCUACGAGGCUCAUUUCUUUGAUGCUGCGGCGGUGUGUCACUUGGCCCUUGUGCAGCCAGUCCUUUUGUUCUUGUUGCUUGGAGCGCGAAACCGGUCUUUCUCUGAAUGAUUACGACGGAAUGGCUGGCGCGAAGCCUCGCGUGCUCAUCUAUCUUCUUCGGCGAGAUGUUCGUCUCUCGGAUAAUCCGGUCUUUCAUGCCGCAUCCACGUACCCGUCGAUGAGGGUGAGCAACGAGAGAUCUGCGCAGAACUCUGAUACGCGCAAUCAGGAAGACCCCCUAAUAUCACAGCAUGAGGUUCCGGCGUUUACGCAUCUUCUGCCUGUAUACGUAUUUCCGGCACAUCAGGUCGAAGUUUCGGGGUUCCUUCCAUCUCCAACGGACCACUCUCCCUAUCCGCAGGCGCGCAGUCGAGUGGCCCGCGUUUGGCGUACGGGGCCGCAUCGUGCCAAGUUUAUGGCCGAAGGAGUCUGGGAUCUGAAAGAGAGGCUGGAAAGCUUGGAAUGCGAAUCAGGGCUAGAAGUAAGAGCUGGUAUGAUCGGCGAAGUCGUUGAGAAUAUGCUGGAAUGGUAUGCUGGAGAUGCCAGUGGUAGGAGAGCGGAAGUGGCGGGGAUCUGGAUUACAGGUGAAGAAGGAACGGAAGAGAAGGAUGACGAGGCCGAUUUGAAGCGCAUAGCGGAGAAGAGGGGCGUCGAGUUCAAGGUAUGGCAGGACGACAAAUAUUACAUCGAUGAUAGCGAUCUGCCCAUCGACAUCUCCGAUCUGCCGAAUGUUUACACUACAUAUCGCAAGUCACUCGAACCACUCCGGUCCAGGCCGAGGCGCACUCUACCCACCCCGAAACAGCUUCCACCGCUACCUCCGAACAUACCGCCGCAGAAACGUCCAUUUGAGAUCCCGAACAACUUACCUGGAUUGACCAAAGCUCUUUUGUCGCCUUUGGAGGAUGAUUCAACAUAUGGUCUACCUUCCUCCCCUCGGUGGCCCUCUAAUGUGCGGUCGGCACAUCCUUUCAAAGGAGGUGAAACUGUAGCUCAGGACCGGCUUUCUCAUCUCAUAUCCGGAGGAGCUAUGAGUUCAUACAAAUCUACCAGAAAUGGCAUGCUGGGUCUCGAUUUUAGCACGAAACUUUCUGCAUUCCUCGCUCAGGGUCACCUUACUGCUAGGCAAAUCCAUUGGGCAAUGGUCGAUUUUGAGGAAGGGAGGGGCCCUGGAAAGGAUAUUGCGGGCUAUGGGAAAGGAGAAAAUGAUGGAACUGCCGCAGUGAGAUUCGAGCUUCUCUGGCGAGACUACAUGCGGCUAUGUGCAAGAAAGUUUGGUGCAAAAAUGUUCAGCGUGCACGGUAUCCGCGUUCCACCCCGCCGGGAUCAACCACGCCCAUCGCGCAAACGAUGGAAAUGUCUCAGCCACAGUGGCGGUGUGGGAGAUGACCCUGAGAAAACUCGAGAGGUCUUUGCCCGCUUCAGAUCUGGCCGCACUGGUAUCGGCCUCGUGGACGCUUCGAACCGCGAACUAUUCCUCACAGGCUACACCUCGAACCGCGCACGACAAAACGUCGCUUCCUUCCUUACUUCCCAACUCGGCAUUGACUGGCGCAUCGGGGCCGAAUGGUACGAGUUCCUUCUCAUAGACUAUGAUAUGCCUAAUAACUGGGGCAACUGGCAAUACGUUGCGGGCGUCGGUAAUGAUCCACGGGAAGGCCGCGUUUUCAACCCGGUCAAACAAGCGCUGGAUUACGAUAGUCAGGGCGAGUACAUAAAGGCUUGGGUACCAGAGCUGCGAGGCGUGAAGCUGACGAGGAGCUUGGGGCCCAAUAAGGAAGAGGUGGAUCAGCAGAGGUUGAUGGGUUUGUACCAGGCGUGGAGGUUAGGCGAAUGGGAGAAGGAGCAUCUAGGGUUGAGGGGCAUCGAAUGGGUGGAGCAUCCGCUUGUGAGGAUACAGUUUUCGGUUGGGAGGGGUAAGGGAGCGGAUGGUGGACGAGGCAGAGGUCGGGGUGGGCGAGGGAGGGGUAGGGAGAGGGGG